AUGGGAGGGCGGAUGAGGACGGGUGCUGCAGGCAGUCGUUUAAACGGAGGCUUCUUGACCCACCAAUUUCCUUCAGUGCGCCCUCCUCACCUCAAUGCUCAGGGCCAACGAGUGGUGUACUUCUGCCGGUGCAAUAUAGAAUACGGUAUGAUAUUUACUUUUGGGGAAAUUUACUUUACAUGCCUUAUGGUUUUAAUAUCACACAUCGCAUCCAUUUACCAAACCCAAAGUGAUUUUGUAAUUUUGAAGAUGCAAAACAAAUUAAUUCAACGCUCACAUUCAGCCAACCGUAUUAUAUGAUUUG